AUGACGUCAUUACCCUUUCCAACUACAUCCAAUCACACUAGUGGUUGUACUACAACAUCAACAGAACAUCAACACCCACUCGAAAAUCAACCGUCCCAUAUGGCCGAUCUGUCGAACAUCUCAUCUUCACUCCUUCUUCCCAAAGCAGCAAAAUCUGUACCAAAUCGUGCUGUCAGACCCAUCAUCUCAAAGUCACAGAAUGUUACCGCAACGAAUAAGCCAAUGCGAUUCAUUCAAGUGAGCGGCAACAUGACUGCAAAGAAAAAAGCCAUCCAGAAAGACAUCAACAUCUCUAGUUUCAACUCUUGCCCAAGCAGCUCCAUCAAUUUUGAAGUCCCAUUUGACAACAACAACAACAAGCUCAACAUCACAGCUGACUCUCAACUCUGUCACAAUGAUUCCAGGACAAGUACAAGAAUUGCUGUACCAUUCAGUAAUCCAUCCACUCAUCAUCACGAGCACAUCUCAUAUUCACAACAUGAUUUGCUCAAGAACAAGGUCAUGAGUACACAUCCUCCAUUGACGAAGACACAUCAUGCUUCUUCAUCACAUGCGAAAUUACCCUACCCAACAACAAGUCGACGAGGGUCCUAUUCAUCAUCGACGUCAACCCCUUCAAAUGCAUGUAUGGAAAGUACGAGCGCCAACAACUUCUCUUCGCAUGCAUCCUCGAAUGAUUCAUUCAAUGGUAUGAAGACUGCUCGUGUGUGCACAUCCCCAAACUCAUCAACACUACAACAUCAUGCACAUCAAGGCAGUAACCAUGCAUGCAAUUAUCAAAUUCGCUUUGUCAUGGAAGAAAACUUUACCAAUUCAACACCUCCUAAAAAGCGUAAUAUUCUCACAAAGGAUCAAAUUAUUCGAGUAUUGCAUUUAUCACAAACACAAGCAUGCAAGAUUUUGGGAUGCAGCAUUUCUACCUUGAAAAGAAGAUUUGGAGAGCUGAAACAUGAAUUGGGCAUGGAAAAGUGGCCAAGUUAUUUUGAUGAUGUUCGACAUUUACCAAUUUUCCCUCAACUGUAUCCCAUGUCUUUAAGUUUCAUUUUGAAUGAGGAUAAUAUGAGUCCUUAA